AUGUCUUCAAGCCCCCAACAUAAAGACUCGCCCCAGGACUGCACCACCGUACCCGGUGGCCUUCCUCGCGGUAGGCCGUCCCAUCUCUUCGCUCACCCAAACCUCAGUAACACCUCGAUCGAGAGUUCGGCAUUGCUCGACCAUCGAGAGCAGCAGUCCAUGAGACCGCGACGAUCGAGCGCACAAUACUCAUCAGCUCCAGCCUUCUCGGGAAGCAGGUUGCGUGUGCCGGCCGGCCCUUCAGACAUGUCCACUGCAUCGGGGCCAUCGGGCUCCUCUCGUCGCUUCAAUUCCCGCGGGCUCUCGUGGGAGGGGGAGAGCGAGGACGGAGGGGACGAGGAGGACGCUCCUCUGUUGGGAUCCUCUGUGAGGUCGGCACAGGGGGCAGAUACCGACCCGCCGGUGUUCUCGGGAAAGAGUACGCGAUCCAGGCCAUCUACUUCGGGGUCCGUCGCCCCCCCGCCUGGUCGACGUUCCGCAAAUUUGCAACCGCCAUUGGCCGGGGCCCCCAGGGACUACGGAGGCGUGAAUUUCCCACCUUCUGUUCCGGGGAGCCCUGGAAUGGGUCCUAUGUUGGGGAUGAUGGGCGCCGGGGAUUAUACUGAUGGGUUAGGGAUGCCGGGGAGGUCUUUGCGGGAGGGUGAUGCGAUAAUUGAUAUUACAGGGGACGCGACCAACGAGCGUGGGUACCCGGAUUCUGUGUGCCAUACACCCCCUCAGGAGUUUGUCCCGGGGCAUAGACAGGCUACGGCUGAAGCGGAUGUCUGCUUUCCCGUGGACGAUGGGCUUACGGAUGAUGAGGUUGCGACUUUGCAUGGUGGGAGCGUGCGUGCUGCUAGACGGCGAGUGCGCGAGUGGCCGGAUCUCUCGGUAUUGGAGGAGUGGAGCCGGGAUGAGAAGGAGGAGAGGAGUGAAGGGAUUAGAGCGAAGAAGACUGCUGAGCCUGUAUAUGUUGGUGGGAGAUUACGUGCGCCUAGGAAGACUGGCUGGCAUAGGGAGGUGGAGGACGAGCCGUAUAGAUUCACUUAUUUCAACGAUGAAUUGCCGGCAACUAUUCAUUCGCAUACAAUUUCAGAGUUACUACAGCCCGGCCAAACUUUUAGAGAUCUGUUCCGUCCCGAACCUAGGGUUCUAGAUGAUAGCUCGGAAGGUGAAGACGACGAACACCCGGAAUCGGAGAUGAUGGAAAGCCGCAAUGGCAAUGGGCGAGCUGCCGGGAGUGGCACCGCCGCCCGCGCUUCCCCACAGGGUGCCCCUCGCCCAGUCCGCAUUGGGCCCCGGCCAACCUUCUGGCUAGACGUUAUGAACCCCACCGACGCCGAGAUGAAGGUGUUCAUUCGAGCCUUCGGGAUUCACCCGCUGACCUCGGAAGAUAUAAUGAUGCAAGAGACGCGCGAAAAGGUAGAGUUAUUCCGUAGCUACUACCUGGUCUCUUAUCGCACCUUCGAGCAAGACACCAACAGCGAGGAGUAUCUCGAGCCCGUAAACAUCUACUUUGUCGUCUUCCGGGAAGGGGUAAUAAGUUUCCACUUCUCGCUCACCCCUCAUCCGGCAAACGUCCGGAGGCGCAUUCGGCAAUUGAAAGACUAUAUCACCGUGUCAGCGGACUGGAUCUCGUAUGCGCUUAUCGACGAUAUCACCGACGCCUUCGCUCCAUUGAUUCAAGCUUUGGAAGAAGAGGUUGACGAGAUUGACGAUGCCAUCUUGCAGAUGCACCUCACAUCUGGUUCGGAUGGCACUUCGGAUAAGAAGAGCAACGCGGCCAGUAGUGCCUCUGACGGAGCAGAACAGAAGAGCGACGGAGAUAUGUUGAAGCGUGUCGGCGGUACACGGAAGAAGGUUAUGGGAUUGUACAGACUUUUGGGAAACAAAGCCGAUGUCAUUAAGGGGUUUGCGAAGAGAUGUAAUGAACAGUGGGAAGUGGCACCUAGGAGUGAGAUUGGGCUCUACCUGGGUGACAUUCAAGGUGUUUCCUGUCCUCCCCCGUGCUAUGAAUAGGCGGAAUCGGAUGAGCUGACUGAGCGGGGAGACCACAUUGUAACGAUGGUUGGUAACCUGAACCACAUGGAGAAGAUCCUAUCAAGGUCGCAUUCGAAUUACCUUGCACAGAUCAACAUCAAGAGUAUGCUUUCCACUUUCUCCCCUCCCUUCCUGCAUUUCAGCCGCUAACAGUCCCCUAAGUGAAUGAACGUCAAGAACAGACGGCGGACGUCCUCGGCCGCCUCACAGUCCUGGGAACUAUCGUCCUACCAAUGAACAUCAUAACCGGCCUCUGGGGCAUGAACGUCCUGGUCCCCGGUCAAGAAAUUGUCAACCUGAAUUGGUUCUGGUGCAUUACGGCGGGCCUGCUCGUGUUUGGGUUUCUGUGCUAUUUUGUUGCUAAGAGGGUUUAUAAAAUCAUGUAGUGCCUUCUUCAGGCAUCGGCUGGGGAAGGCGGGAGUGGAGGAAUACAAUGACUUGUCCGGUCCCUUUUUUUUUGACCCCUUUUGUCUAAGUUUUUGUUUCUUGUUCAUCGAAAAGAAUUUUUUUUUCUUUUUUUCCUUCUAUCACUUCAUCUCUUCAUCUUUCAUUGAGUAAAGGGUGUUUUGGGGAUAUACAUAGAGCAUGUGUGGAAUUUCAACUAUUAUUAUUCUCAGUUAUUUUAUUUUCACAAGUUAUAUUUUAUUUUGGCGUGGUGUACUUAUAGAUAGCAUCGGACCAAGGAGUGUCAGGAGUCACCGUCGUAUGAUAGUAAGUUAGGCGCGGGGCAACGGUAGUAGGGGUAUAGCAAAUUACGGUACGGUACCUACACAUCUGAGUGUGGACCGCCUUUGAGGAUUCCUCUCGAGUUAGUAAAUGUGUGCGAGUGUAGGAGGGAGGAGGAGGGGGAGUUCAAUCCGCCGCCAUAAAUUGGAAAUCAAACUCACGGGGAUCGUUAUCAAGCGAUAC